AAUUGUAAAGUUUUACUUGUUGUUUUAAAAAGUUUAAAAAUUUCUCAUUAUUAAUGCUUAGUAAUUUUAUUGAAAAUGACCAGAGAUAAAGAAAACUUUUGAUAACAUCACCUGGCUUCCAUGGCAUAAAUUAGGGUUGUAGAGACAGCCCUCUAUUCUUAGGCAUUUGUAAGAGUAAGAGAAAGUCUCAUUUUGUUAACAGUUUGUUUAUUUGGGGAUGACAGUACAUCUGGCUGAAAACAAUCAACAGCGGGCCUAUUAUCUCUCCGGUGAUUACCAGCACACUCACGGACAUGGACCACAUGGGGCACUACCUGCAUCUUGCCUUUCUGAUGACAACAGUUCUUCCUUUGUCUCCUGGAACAAAAGUAAACUACACCCAUCUGAGGGCUAAUAAUACUACUGUCUGGGAUCCAGAUACUGAGAAUAAGACGGGCAGAAGCCAAGAUGAAAACAUUAACACAAACCCUACAGUUCCUGAAGUAGAUAAAGAAGGUAAUUCUACAAACAUUCCUGAAAUAGCAACAUCAUCUCCCAUCGUGUCUGUAACUCCUAAAUCUGAACAGGAGCUUUAUACUUCCGUUGUCAGGAAGAGUUCUCCAACAGUACAGAGCACUGAAAACACAAGCAAAAGUCACAGUGAAAUUUUCAAAAAAGAUAUCUGUGAGGAAAACAACAACAACAUGGCUAUGCUAGUUUGCUUAAUUAUAAUUGCAGUGCUCUUCCUUAUCUGUACCAUUUUAUUUCUAUCAACUGUGGUUCUGGCAAACAAAGUCUCAUCUCUCAGACGAUCAAAACAAGUAGGCAAGCGUCAGCCUAGAAGCAAUGGUGAUUUUCUGGCAAGCAGUGGUCUAUGGCCUGCUGAAUCAGACACUUGGAAAAGAGCAAAACAGGUCACAGGGCCCAACCUAAUGCUGCAAUCCACUGGAGUGCUCACAGCUACCAGGGAAAGAAAAGAAGGAACUGAAAAACUCACUCACUAACAGAUGCUUUAGUGAAACAAGAUACAAAAUAGUACUGAGAAAGUUCUUGGAAAAAAUGAAGUCAGUCUGAUAUUUAAUGCCAGUAUGUUGAUCUGAUGGUCUAAAAGUUGACAUGGCAGGCCUUGCAAUUUAGAGUCAAGCAGGUAAGAAGGAGAGAAGUUUGCCUGCUUAAUUACUGAAACUAUGCACUUUUGUUCUGACGCCAACUAUUUAAAAGGCAAAUAACAAAACAACCAAACAUUUGAGGAAGUUUUGAAAGAGGAGUUGAAGGAAAUGACUAACAGAGGUAGAAAGGGACAAUAAAUAUUUCCUGUUCAGCAACAGGAGUUAGAUGAUCUCCGUUCGGAUGUAACUAUACUCUGAAGAGUGUAAUUCUACUUUGAAGUGUGUCGUCGGAGACAAGUACAUGCUUUAACAUCUAACAGAAGUCACAUUCCUAAUGCAUCGAGUGGGAACUGUAUAGUUAAAUGGUACUUUCUUUGCUGAAUGUGACAGAAUCCAUACCAGCUCAUACAUCAACACAGCUAUGCUAUGUUAUGCUAGAUGUUUUCAUCCUUACAUAUGGCACACAGAAGAAAGUGUUUUUCUACUAUAAAUAUUUAAUUAAAACUUUAAAAUUUGUAUAAUAAAUUAUGACUCAUUAGAAUAAAAC